AACGAGCUGCAGCACCGUUCUCCAAGUUGUCAGCACUGGCGGCGCUAGCUUUGCAUAUGAGCAUAUCCCACCUACCUUAAGUAUGCUCUUCUCUAAACUCGCAUGGCGCUUCAAUUACUAGAAGAAGAGCUUGGUGCCGUUGGUGGUGACUUUGUAGGUGCCUAGCUUUUUUCAUAAAUGACAAGUCAAAAUAUGGUCUGUCGUGAGUUGAGGGGCACUUGAAAGGGGGAGUGUGUUCGGCUGAUAAAGAGUUUUUAGUCACAUGGAGGCAUCACCGCCAGAUGGCUCCCAUUCAUUGGCCCACUCCCUCUGGCGCACUCGCUGGGACACCUUCAAGCGGAAGGCGUUCCGCAGCGACAUGCUUCUCUACUGGACGCUCCUGGGUGUUGCUUUUGGGGCAGUGGUGGGGGGUAUGGUGACCUGGCUACACCCGUCGGAGCGAGUGACUGAGCUCAUUGGUUAUCCUGGAGAGCUGCUGAUGCGAGCGCUGCGUGAGUUGGUGCUUCCGCUAGUCGCUCUGGCGCUGAUGACUGGGGUGCUCAACCUCCGACACACCACCACAGGGAGCAGCCGCAUCGCGCAGUGGGCGAUGCAGUUCUACCUUCUGUCCAUGCUGCUCGCUGUCGCCCUGGGGAUAGGGCUUAUUUACACCAUCCGUCCUGGCCGGGGUCAGCCCCUCGCCAAGAUGGCGCACAAAACCGAGUGUGGGAAUGGGACCGGGAACAGUGUGCAAGGGGGCAGGCCGGCGGCGAGCGGCGACCUGGUGGAGGCGCUGCUCAACAUCGGGCGCGACCUGGUGCCCACCAAUAUCGUGCAGGCCGCCGCGGACGCCAACUUCUUGGGCGUCAUUGCCAUCUCCAUCUUUUUCGGCUCCGUCCUCGCUUCCAUGGGGGAAGAGGCGGAGCCGCUUAUUCACAACAUUGAGAUUGCCAACAAGGCCGUCAUUAACAUGAUUCUGCACGUGGUCUGGCUUACGCCUAUUGGUGUCAGCUCCCUGGUAGCGGGCUCCAUCCUGCGCGCCUGCGACCUGGUGCUGCUGCUUAAGAGCCUGGCCCUCUACGUCAUCACCAUCCUGACCGGCUUCGGGCUUCAUUGUUUCGUUGUUCUGCCCGCAUUAUUGUACCUGUAUACCCGGAAGGACCCGUUCAAAGCGGCACGGUCGUUCUUCCCCGCGUUCGCCAUGGGCUUCGGCACGGCCUCGAGCGCGGCCACGAUGCCCGUCACCAUGCAGUGCGCGGUGGACCACGGCUGCCGCGAGUCCGUUGUCAACUUUGUCAUCCCCCUCGGAACCAGCGUCAACAGAGAUGGAGCAGCACUGUACGAAGCGGCGUCGGUCCUCUUCAUAGCUCAGGCCCACGGGAUGAAUCUUUCCGCGGGCAGCGUUGUCCUUAUCGCGAUCACCAGCACCCUGGCAGCGGUCGGGGCGGCGUCGGUGCCAAUGUCUGCGCUCGUGACCAUGAUUACGGUUCUCCAGGCUGUGAGCCUGGAGCAGUUCGUGGGCGACGUGUCCAUUCUCCUGGCCGUUGAUUGGUGCCUAGGCAUGUUUCGGACGGUCACCAAUAUCUGGGGCGAUAGCGUGGCCGCCCUCUGCGUUGACCACCUUUCGAGGCAGCAUGAAGCUACUGAACAUAAGAGAAGGGCGUCCAAAGCAGACGGGAUGCCGGAAGAGGAGAUAGGGCUAGUGGGUCAGGAUUGGGCACCUGAAGGGAUUGCAAGUCAGAGCGUGUUUCCGCGUCCGCUGUCGCCGAUCAGGUGUCUUACAAGGUAGAAGAAGCGUUAAGGGCGUUGAAAGCUUGACACGUAUUGUCGGAAGAGUUUUUUCAAAACGAACACUGUAUAUGUAGAUAGGACUUGUGUUGUUGCUGCUUUUGUAUUGCCGACUUGCGGCAAAAUGGGCUAUUGUAACAACAUUCGUAGGCUAAGUGACUCUAUUAAAGGUGCAACCCGGUACCUCUGAAAUGGCCUUGAAAAGCCUACACAGUCACGCACGCAAUUCGCAAUGUACCAUGCCGAGG